AUGAAAAGCGACGUUUAUUUCGACACUCCGGUGGUGCUAAUCGUAUUAACAGGUAAGCUAUCCGUGUAUAAUGCGGAGACCUAUGGGUUUCGCUAUUAACAGGUAGUCUUAAAAAGACACGUAGAUUCAGAUACUUGACUCUUACUAAUUUUUACGUAAUACGAUGAUGGUCCUCUUGGUUCCUCUUUUUUAUUUAUUAAAUUUGUAUCGCACUAAUGAACUGACGUUAUUAAAUGUAGAAUAGUAAAAAGUCGAGCUAAUUAUUUAUUACGAUAUAUCUAAUAUAUCAUAUAAUAAAUAUGAAUAAACCCUUAUUUCCUACCUGGGUUUAUGAGUGAUAUAAGUAUUGUAAACUAAUGUAAGUGAUGUGCAUCUACUGAUAUGUUCUCUAAAUUUCGGCCUAGGUAGGAGAUUAAUCUAUAUUUCCUAUAGUUUUUCUGCCCCUGAAUGGAGGGAAACGAAGUUGGUAAAAUGUUUUGUCGAUAUAAUGUUAAUUAGAUAUCUACAAAUGUUCCCUCCAAAUUUCAGUCUAGUCAGAGAUUAUUUAUUUUUAUAUAAUUAAAAAACGCGUAAUAAAUUCACUAUACCUACCUAUUGAUCAAUAAUUAAGACUUCUCAGAGUUUAUUUUUGAACAGUUUUGAUUGCUUCUACUAUUAUUAAAAUGUCAAAUGGUAGGAUUAAUCAUUAUAUAUUUAUACCUGUAGGUUUAUAACAACAAACUAUUCUUAGCAAAAAAAUGAUUUUAAACCAAGUUCUGUUAUGUUACAUGUUUCAAAAUGCUGUAGUAGGUAUUUAAUACUUUCUUCAAAAUUUGAAAAUGUUUUUCCAAAAAUGUUGUCAUACACUGGUAUCAUUGCCCUACCUAUUAUUUCGUGAUUAAUUUUCCGAUCAUUUCCAUUUUCAAGAUUUGAAAAAGAAAUUUAAAUAUGUUCAAUUUUUUUUUAAAAUAUAUCAUCCGAUUGAAGGUACACAUAUAUAUAUUUUAUAAAACUAUAUAUAAAAAUGUUGAUAAGAUAAUCCUCAAUGUAUAGUAAAUUUUAAGAAAUAGGUAGAACUCGUACCUGUAAAAAAAUAAAUGACAUUUAAUGUCUAUUCUUUAUAGGUAACGUUUAAUUUAACAAUUUAACUCAACAAUAUUUCACUCUUUAAUCAACUUAUCUUAUAUGUUAUCAACCCGCCGUAAUCAUAAUCAUUCGCUACAGUGGGGUUGAUAACAGCAUAGUUUUCUUUGAUAUUGUGGCGGGUUUCGCGCCACAUUUCUUUCUUCCCGCUGGCGUCGCUCGCGGCGGACGUCGGUCUCUCCCCUCGCCGUCGGCGUUCAAUAGUCAUCGGCCGUAGCUCCGCUCGACUUGACGUCUCGACCGUUUCGCUCGCUCUCUUCGCACCGGCGCCGCUCGCGAAACAUUGUUUUCCGAUUCCGAACUAUCAUUAUGUUUAAUUGAUUUUUACCACUACUGUUGUUUUAAUAAAUGCGUACUCGCCUGUUCUCGCGCCACAAGCAGUCAGCUGGCGAGCACUUGUUUAAUGUUGUUAUGCCGUAAAUAAACGUUUCUUUUUACUUUAUCAUUAAACCUCGUGUUUUGGAGUAACCCGCCAAAUUGGUGACCUCGACGUUUUUAUCCGAUCGCAUCCGCCUUCGUCGCAAUGGCUCAAUCUACCGACCCUUCCAUCAUCGAGGGCAAUACCUCCGCCAUUGCGAAUGUCCGUGUUCCAGCGUUCUGGAAACACUCGCCAGCUCACUGAUCUCUGGUUCCAGAAGCUUCCGGCGAACGUCCACCCGGUCAUCGCGGGCCUCGAUGGUCCGCCCGUUAUGCUCGCGUUACGAUCUGAUUAAACCUCGUGUUUUGGAGUAACCCGCCAAAUUGGUGACCUCGACGUUUUUAUCCGAUCGCAUCCGCCUUCGUCGCAAUGGCUCAAUCUACCGACCCUUCCAUCAUCGAGGGCAAUACCUCCGCCAUUGCGAAUGUCCGUGUUCCAGCGUUCUGGAAACACUCGCCAGCUCACUGAUCUCUGGUUCCAGAAGCUUCCGGCGAACGUCCACCCGGUCAUCGCGGGCCUCGAUGGUCCGCCCGAUAUGCUCGCGUUACGAGCUGACCGGGUUUUGGAGGCCUGUUCGUCACGGAUCGACACCGCGUCCGCAUACGCCACUACCUCUUCUCCCGAUCGCCGAAGUCGUUUGGAUAGGCUUGAGGAUGGUCUCGAGACACUUACGCGUCGUUUCGACCGAUUCCUUCGUCGCAAUUCGUUUUCGUCGUCUCGCCCGUCCGAGCGAUCGCGGGCACGUCCGCCUAGCCCGCACGCCCGUUCCGUUCCCUCCUGCGACCAACAAAGGAGUCUGGUCACGGCGCUGCUCGUCGGGUUUUCGUGCCGUCACAACUCGACACCGUCUCGCAUGUUUUUCUGCGCAUCGCGCUCCGCCGCCUAGCCCGCACGCCCGUUCCGUUCCCUCUUGCGACCAACAAAGGAGUCUGGUCACGGCGCUGCUCGUCGGGUUUUCGUGCCGUCACAGCUCGACACCGUCUCGCAUGUUUUUCUGCGCAUCGCGCUCCGCUUCAGGCGCUCUUCGAGAGCCCGUAUACCGUGCUGGAUCGACGUCCCAAGGAAUUCAAGCUCAAAUGAAUGGUGAUAAAUUGAUACGUCUUAGAUUCUCCUAAAUAAAAUAACUAAUUGUAUAUAAUAAAAAUAUAGUAUUUUUAAAAAUGAAUUAGGUAAAAGAACAUUGAAAAAAUAAAAAAACAAACAAUUAAAAGAAAAAUCAUCUGAUAGUGGGAACUUGUGCGGCCACUAGUUAUUGGGCAGUAAAGAAUUUGGUAUUAAUAUUAAUUUAUAAAAAAAAAUACAACAGAUUUUCAACUUUUUAACCUAAUUUAAUAGUUUGCUAUUUUAAUUAACUUAGUUCAUUUGUCUUAUUUGCCCAACUUGAAAUCAACUUAAAUUUUUUUAUUAUUCCUAAUUAGGUUAAUUUUGAAUUUUCAUGGUAUCUAGGAAAAUAUUUUAUUUAUGACUGUUGUUCAUUUAAAAUAAAGACAUUGGUAAUAUUUCAUAUUUGCUUUCAUUUCAAUUAGGUGUUUUAAUUUUUAAUAUCUCAUCAAGUUUUUUAUAUUACCUUAACUUAUUAAUUAAAGUUAUUUUUAGUUAAUUGAAUAUUUCACUUAACUGAGUUAAAAAAUAUUAUUAACUUGCCCAAUGCCAAUCCUUGCUAUUAUAUAAACCAAUAAAUAAAAAUAUUGCAUAUUUGUCAUUUCACAAAUCGCGACAUUUUUUUUGCAUAUAUAAAAUAUUUCAUUAAAAUCCGUUGAGCCAUUUUGGAAGAGUGGAACCACAAACACCCUGACACGAAAUAUUUCUACAUUAGAAUACCUCAGCUUUUUCAGAAUAUGAAAAAUAACAUUUGGCCAAUUGAAUCUGUUUGAUUUGAAACCCGCAAAUGCAUAUAAUUCCUGUUUCAUAUUAUCACAUUCCCGAUAAAAGUUAAUAAUGUACCAAUUCAAUUUUAUGUUUUACUGUUAUAUAGAAGUCAUCCAAAAAUCUGAGCUUGAAGAAUCUGCUUCAAAUGAAUUUAAGAUGCCAGUCUAUGUGGGUGAAUUUGAUGAUUAUAAUGAUGAUAAUUAUAUGUGUAGAAUGGAUGAUGCAGAAGAACCAGAAACUGAUCCAAUUGUUCGAGAAAAUACCCUUACAAUAUUGUAUGAAUUUAAAAGAUAUGAAAAGAUAUGAACAAGAUGCAGUGGAAAUGGUUAGUUGAAUUUUAUAUUAUAUUGUAAAAUAUUUAUUUUAAUUCUUAUUUCAGGCAACUGAACAUCUGGAAAUGCGCAAAAGAGUUCAAGCUUGGCAUGAACACCUUCGUCCAAUUUUAGAUGAAGAAGAAGAAAAAGGAACUGAGUUUGAUAUACGUGAAUAUGGAACACAAAUAUUAAAUCGCUUAAGCAUAGUUGGGGAACAGAAAUCAUUUAGUGAGUUAUUUGGAGGAAUGGCAAAGGAAGAAGUUUCUGGAUAUUUUUUUUUGUCUAUUUUGAUGUUNUAUUGAGCUCGACGUUAUCGGCGGAGGCAUUAUUACGUAAGAUACAAAACGUCGAUAAGCGACCGCCGCCUUCUCGGGGUGUUCGACGCGUGAUUACUUGAUUGAUUAAUUUAGUUUUUUUCCAAUUUGCGGUAAGUCAGGUUUUAUUAAUAUUUGUUUGCGUGUAACAGUGCGGUCGUUGUUUUUAGGACACAUUCAACGAAGUAAAAAAAAUUUAUUUUUAAUAGAAGUGACGGUAUCGUAUUAGUGUAACGAGAUACAGAACGGCGCACAGACGACCGUACUGCUCGCGUGCAGUGACGAGACUAUCUAAACUAUCUAAAAACAUAUUUGUUUCAGAUGAAAUUCCUGUAUCUGUUUCUACUGACUCGUAG